AUGCGGAACUCCUUAAAUGUAGACAGCUCUUUUUUUCAAACAAAGGAGUUGGCCUUGGAAAAUGAUUUUAACAUCCUAUCAAUCUCGUGGUUCAACUCUUCUGUGACUAAUGCUAGUGUGGAGAUUCCUGGGUACAGGAUCUUAAGGCUUGAUCGCAUUGGAAACACAGGUACCGACGUCUGUACCUACGUCAAAUCUGUCCUGAAGGCAGAAGUCCUGAAGGAUCUCACGGGAACAACCGAGUCUGGCCUACAUCAAUUGUGGAUUCAAGUUCAAAACAAGAAGCUUCGCUCGCUACUUGUUUGUAUUAUUUACAGACCUCCUGAAAUUGGAGUCGCAUGUCUUGAGAAUGAAUUGAUGCCCAAGUACAUCCAGGCUUUAUCACUUAACAGGGUCAUCGUGGUAACUGGCGACUUAAACUGCGAUCUCCUCUCAGAAACCCUACAGGAGACGCGUCGCGCUCCUUUUGAGCAACUGUAA